AGGGCGGGGCAGUGCGCAUGCGCGGUCCUCCUUCGUGGCCCAUCUCUUCUUGGUGGUUGUCUGGUCUUCAGGGACCUUCUCCUGCGUUAAAUCUGAGAACAGGACAGUUAGUGAAAACAAACAGCUGUUCGUUUAUAACAAGAAGAGAGUCUGCUCGGUGUAAAGUGUCUCUCUCUCGGCUGAAACAGUCAGACAGGAGCGGAGAUUUUCCCGGGGCGUCGUCUGGACUCCAGGCUGAGCAUCCAUUCAUCCUUUCAGACGAGCUAACGUUAGCACACACACAGACAGACACACACAGACACACACAGACAGGCAGCAUCAACAAAAUGUCGGGCUACCAAGGAAAGAAGAAUAUCCCACGGAUCACAGUGAGUUUUCUCUCUUUAUUCAGAUUAUUGUUGUUUUAUUUGCUUCAUUAAACAGGCGGAGAGUCUCAGGAUUAGACGGAAGGCUAACUAACGGUUAGCUCUUCAUUUACAGACUGAUCCUUAAACUGGGAGUGUGAGGAAAACCAGUGAGUUUAACUGGAUCCUGAGCCUGUCUGUGUGUUUAUAUUAAACCUGUAAAUGAAGCUGAAGUCUCUCCUCUCCUGUAGCUGUCAGUACAGACCUCCUCCCUCUUUAGGGUGUAGUUCUCAGGUCUACACACUUCCUCCUCCAUCCUCCUCCAUCAUCCAACCAUCACCUCUUCUACUGCACCCUCAGUCUGUUUAUUCUGAUUUAAUGAUUGAAAUAUAAUAAUAUGUGAGGAAACUGAACUCUGACUCUGACACACACACACACACACACACACACACACACACAGCUGCAGAUGUUAAGUGUGUAAACCUCAGUUUUAAUGUUCGCUGCUGCUGUUAUAGAUCAGAGUGAACAGAGUCGUCCUGCUGUGUUCGUGUGAAUAAGUCAAACCUGUUUCUAUAAAGUAGGUCAUCCAUCCAAACCCACUGAUCUGUCAUCAUGCAGCAGUUUAACAUGUUAUAGCUGUAACUGUUUGAUGACUUCAUUAAAAUAAAUAAAUAAAUAAAUAAGGUUUAUGUUGGAGUGAAUUCAUGCUGUCAUCUUGGCUGUGUGAGAUAAGGUCAUAACAACGAAGUCCUGACAUAUCGGACAUGAGUGGGUCUGCAGCAGACCCCCCAGGCCCUCAGACACACACCAGCAGACAGCCUGACUCUGCAGACCCUAAAAAGGUUUUUGGUACUUUACUGAGUCUAAUAGACCGAUGUAGUAACGUACGGUGGCCGAGAACCGCCACUGCUGCGAAAAAAAAGAGGUCACAACGGAAGUUACCGACGCAAACGAAAGGAAACCGAAGCCUGCUGCAAAUAAAUAAUAAUAAUAAUAAUAAUUCAUUCAAAAAAAGUUACUGCGAAAAUAAAAGGAUGCAAAUAAAAAAAACCACGACAGAAGUGAGCUGUCGGGGACCAAUCAUGAUGAUGCAGCACAGUCUCUGAAGAAGAUUAGCACCCUGUAGUGUGUAGGAGACGUUCCUUUGACAUUUUCAGACGGACCCUAAAAAAACAAACAGAAAUCCAGCAGGUCACACCAGUAUUGGUUAAACUGAUAUCUUCACAUCAGUAUCAGUGGUGAUUUUCACAGUGGGUGUGUCUCUAUAAGCCAAACUCAGGUGCCCACAUCUCGUCGAUCUAAUCAAUAAAAUACAGAGUUUGAUUAAUCUCAGAUUUACAGUGUUUGUGCACAAAAAGGAGAAUAAUUUAAAUUAAAGCACUUUAAUUAAAUCAAAUAUACAAAAUAGAAAUAAAUCAAAAGUGUCAUGGCUGCCUGAGCCACAGCUCUCCAUUUUCAAGUCUUUCUCUCUAUUUUUUUCUUUGUCUCAGUUUCUCAUUUUCAUUUGAUUGAAGUUUAGAAAAAUCCUCAUCAGAGCUGAUAUCAGACUCUGAACCUUAUAUAACGUUAAAGUAUCCUGAUCCAUUCAUGAGUCAGUCUGAGUGUUUGUGCUGCUGACCACACAGGUGAGGAGAGGACACAGGUGAGAGGGUGCGAGCCUAUCAGAGCAGUCACCUGACCUGUAUACCUGGAGCUCUCUGCCCGUCCUUUUCACCCGCUCCUCUGUAUAAACAGAGCCCCCUGCUGUGAGGUUGGCUGUAAACCACUUCUGUCUUCAUUAUCUCUCAGUAUUGUCCUCAGAGACCCCAGUAAGCCUGCAGGAGAAGUAGGACAGCUUCUACGCUCUCUUUUCAGCUCAAACAGGCCGAGUUCAUCCAGACUCUCAGAGCCUCUCCGCUCCUGGAAAUGAUCGCCUCCUUUAAAUCAGCGUUACUGUGGGGGAAUCAUGAGAACGUUCAGGUUCAGGUGUUUCUCAGACUUUGGAUGGAUGGACCUGUGGUUGGUAACUCCAUCCACACCCGUCGUUCUUUAGUGCAGCGUUAAGGAUUCACUUCUCCAUCCUCAUCCUUUCAAAGUCCUUCAGUAUCACAGACAUGUAGAUUCAUUAAUGUUCAUCUUCAUCGUGACAAACUAAUAAUACAUGAAUCCAACCUGAAGAUCCAGAAAGAAGGAAGAAAUGAAAUCAUCUUAAAUCCUCAGAGCCGAGAAAACCAGUUCAAGAUAAACCGAUGAACUGGGUUAGUCCGUCUGAAACUGGACUUAGAGGUGAACUGGUCUGAGUCAAAGUCACUUUGGUUUGACAUUUGAAACUACCUGGAUGAUGUGGCUGGUGAUCAAUUUUCUCUACAUGUUUACGCCCUCUUAACCCGGCCUCAGCGUUCUGAGCGUGCUCCACAGUUUGGCGUGUUUUGACCCUGAAGCUGAACGCCAUAAAUCUGAGUAGUAAAGAAAACCACCACAGAAGAAGAGAGGCCCUAAAAACAUGGAGCGGCUGUAUCCUGAAGAGACGGAGCAGGAGAGCUGCUGGAGUUUCCAUCCUUCAUGUACAGUUUAGGUUUACGGUGUUUGUCGAUUGUUUUGGUGUGUGACGGUACGACCCGCGGAGACGAGCUGAAAGGAAACAAAUGUUCACCUCCUGUAGAGGAGACGUGCGACAUUUAAAGACGUGAUGAUAAAUGAUCCUGGAGACGGGGAUGUGAACAUCUGUCCAGGUGUAGUUUUCAUGAUGUGAGUUCAGUAUGAAGCAGCGUUUAUGGAGAUGAAGAGGAGGAUGAUGAUGAUGAUGAUGAUGAUGAUGAUGAUGAUGAUGAUGGUGAUGGUGAUGAAGAGGAUGAUGAUGGUGAUGGUGGUGUAAAAUAUAAAUUAAAGCUCCAGUGAGGAACUUUUACCAUAAAGAGAAAACUCUUCCCUCAUCAGUUGACGGAGGAUUAUUCUGGAUUAUUCUGGAUUAUUCUGAGGAUAACUCUCAGGAACUCUAAAAUGUUUAUUUUCUCUCCUCCUUUCAGAGCGACCGCCUCCUCAUCAAAGGAGCAAAGAUCGUCAACGAUGAUCAGUCGUUCUUGGCCGAUAUCUACAUGGAGGAUGGAGUCAUCAAGUAAGAAUCCACCUGAAGGUCUUCAGAGCAACAAUCCACAAACACUCGACCUUCAACUUUGAAAACGUCUCCUCCUGUUUUAACUCUCCAUCUUUCUUUUGUCUCCUUCAGGCAGAUAGGAGACAACCUGAUCGUUCCCGGAGGAGUCAAGAUCAUAGAGGCUCAUGGGAGGAUGGUGAUGCCGGGGGGGAUUGACGUGCACACCCGUUUCCAGAUGCCUGACCGAGGGAUGGUGGCGGCUGAUGACUUCUACCAGGGCACCAGAGCGGCGCUGGCCGGGGGGACGACGAUGAUCAGUAAGAGUCCAGCUGAGUAACCCUGCUGCAGGGAGAGUGACUGUGUGUGUGUGUGUGUGUGUGUGUGUGUGUGUGAACUCUGACCUGUUUGUUUGUUACAGUCGACCACGUGGUCCCGGAGCCCGGCGUGGGCCUGGUGGCGGCGUUCAAACAGUGGAGGGAGUGGGCCGACAGCAAGUCCUGCUGCGACUACUCUCUUCACGUGGACCUGACCGAGUGGAACAAAGGGACCCAGGAGGAGAUGGAGGUCUUAGUGAAGGAUCACGGUAUGAAGCCGACAUCAAACACAUCAAGUCAAAGUCAUAGUGGGGGGGGGGUUUGUUUCUGCUCAGCUCCAACGUCUGUGUUUGAAGAGUGUUUAAGAAAAGAGGUGAUCGGAGGUGAACGAGAGGACGAGGAGAAGGUCUCUGACUGAAGAGAGCACUCUGACAUCCUUCAGGGCUUCAGGAUCACAGAGUCUGAACUUUCCAGAAGAACAGACUCAGAACCUUUUACCCCCAAAUUUAGGACGCUGUGAGAAUAUUGAUGAACUUUACAAUCAUUUAAAGACCAUUAUUAUAAAAAAACACACAAAAACAUCAGAAACUAAACUUUAGAUGUUACACUUUUUAAAGUUGUUUUAUGAAAAAUGCGGAGGAACAACCAAACAGGUCAAAAGUUCUAAUGCUAAAACAAACAUCUGCAGGAACAUCUACAGCUAAUGAGGUGAAUCUCCAACAGGUUAGUCACAUGACCGGGUCUGACCCCUAAUCUCCACCUUCAUCCUGAUCGUCUCCUAAAAGGUCGUAUCCUCCGAUCGUAGCUGAUCGUAACCAUUCAAGUUAACGUGUCGAUUUACACCGACUUCUUUCACAACGGGCGGAGACGAACAAGUGAAAGGUUUUUAGACGUCAUUUCACCCCGAUGACACCAUGGAUGAGGAGAUGCUGAUUCUAGAAGUCUAGAAGUAGAUUUCCUCCUCUGGAAGGACACAAUCUACUGCUUAUAUGUCUAUGUGUCUGUCUUUAGAGAGACAACUCGUGAUCUCAACUAAGUCCAGUUGUCCUAUCAACAAAGAACUGGAAAUCAUAGAUGCUGCAUCCUCAGUUUUAGAGAGUUAGAGGGUCCACCUUCAUAUUUCAGUAAGACCAUGACAAACCACAUCCUGACAACAGUAUGGCUCUGUAGGAGAAGAGUCCUGCUGCUGAGAACCUGGACUGAUGCGGUCCAUUUGGACCAUCAUGACCCCUGAUGUCCAGGUCUUCAGUUUCAGACUUUGAUUUGUGGUCUUUGCUCCUCCUCAGUGACCCGCCUCCUGCUCAAACCUUUGAGAUGUUUCCCCCUUUUGAAAAGUUCCUCAGCUGGCCUGUAGGGGGAGCACUUUUUCAGACAGUUCCUUAAUUUUCUUCUCUGCUCUUCUUUCCUCUUCUGCUCUCCUUGUUCCACCUGUUCUCUGUCUUCAGGUGUCAACUCUUUCCUGGUCUAUUUGGCUUAUAAGGAUGUUUUCCAACUUUCUGACUCUCAGGUACGCUCCCCUGCUCCUCAGCUCCUCAGCUCCUCAGCUCCUCUUCUCCCCCGCUCCUCAGCUCCUCUGCUCCUCAGCUCCUCUCCAUGCUAACGCUCAGCUCUUUACCUCUGCACAUAUUCUGUCUUCUGUUGGAUGUCUGUGGGUCGUGAAUCGUCCCUGUCAGCUGAUCAGAGUGUUGUGUUUCAGAUCUAUGAGGUCUUCAGCGUCAUCAGAGACCUCGGCGGGAUCGCGCAGGUGCACGCCGAGAACGGUGACAUCAUCUUGGAGGUGAAGGAGCCGCAGAGAAAGCAGGUCGAGCUUCAGCUGGAGGCGCUUUCUGCCAUUUUGGACUCAAAUCUGUCUGUUUGUUUUAGGAGCAGCGGCGUAUUCUGGAGCUGGGGAUCACCGGUCCUGAAGGUCACGUGCUCAGCCGCCCAGAGGAGGUAAGAUGGAGGACGGGUUUGUCAGGGCGCUGCAGCGACGAGAGAGAAACGGAGAAUAAAUAAAAGAGCGAGACACGGUGACGUUUUAAAAGCUGACGUAGAAACCAGACGACAGGUGACUGUGUGUGUUUCUGCAGGUGGAGGCUGAGGCCGUCAAUCGCUCCGUCACCAUCGCCAACCAGACCAACUGCCCCCUCUACAUCACCAAGGUGAUGAGCAAGAGUGCGGCUGAUGUCAUCGCCCUCGCCAGGAAAAAGGGUACAGAGUUUUUUUUUUAGUAAAUAUACCGAUAAUGAUUCCGUUAGUUUCCAAACUCACCUGUACCUGUCGGACUCUCUGCUCUGACAUCAUGUCCUGUUCUCUCGUAGGCGCCGUGGUUUAUGGCGAGCCCAUAUCUGCCAGCUUGGGCACAGACGGUACUCAUUACUGGAGCAAGAACUGGGCGAAGGCUGCAGCUUUUGUCACUUCCCCGCCGCUCAGUCCUGAUCCCACCACCCCCGACUACCUCAACUCUCUGCUGUCAUGGUACGAGCUCAACGCUAACGAUGGCGGGAACAUCGUCUGACAUGUGUGCUGUGUGUUUAAGUCUGUCUGUGAGCUCGUCAUGGUGAAUGAUUAACGAUGGUUUUCACCUCUGUGUCGUUGACUCCUCCUCCUGCUUCAGCGGGGAUCUGCAGGUUACUGGGAGCGCUCACUGCACCUUCCACACCUCCCAGCGAGCCGUCGGCAAAGACGACUUCACCCUGAUCCCAGAGGGCACCAACGGCACCGAGGAGAGGAUGUCAGUAAUCUGGGACAAGUGUGUGGUGAGCUCCUCCGCCUGACCCGCUUUCAUUUCCUGAAGUACAGAGAGCCUCGGUCUGCGCUCUCAGACCUGAAUCUAAACUCCGGUCUGUCUCUGAAGGUGACCGGGAAGAUGGACGAGAACCAGUUUGUGGCCGUGACCAGCACCAACGCCGCCAAGAUCUUCAACCUGUUCCCCCGCAAGGGCCGCAUCGCUGUGGGCUCCGACGCCGACCUGGUGCUGUGGGACCCCGACGUGACCAAGAUCAUCUCAGCCAAGAGUCACAACCUGGUCAGACCCCUGAGAGCGAGUGUUUACUGUUUAUGAUGAAUCUUCUCAGACAUACCUGAGACUCUGAGCGCUGCAGGGACUACGAUCUUUAAAGAGUUUAAUUAACAAAAAACACUCAUGAAUGUUUGCUUCGGCGUUAGUUUAAUGUCUCGUUUAUUUCGACAGUCAGAGUUUCUUUCUAGUGUUUAAAACCUCAAAAAUAAAACCAGGAAAGAAAAAUCUGCUGAUGGAUGAAGAAGAAAAUGUUCUGAUGAAGUUCUUCAAAUUAAAGGAUCUGAACUCUGAGGUCCAAAAACUGGAAAAGUUAAAAUCUGAUUCUUUUUGAUUGGCUGAUGAUCAGAAACAGAAACACUCAUGUUUGCUGAUAACUGCUGUUUCCCGCUCCUCUCCGUGUCUCCAGGCCGUGGAGUAUAACAUCUUUGAGGGCACAGAGGUGCGCGGCGGUCCGGUGGUGGUCAUCAGUCAGGGGAAGAUCGUGUUGGAGGAGGGCAGCCUUCACACCACCGAGGGCUGCGGGCGCUACAUCAGCCGUAAAGCUUUCCCCGACCACGUCUACAAGAGGAUAAAGGCUCGCAGCAGGGUAAGUUCACACCAGAACCUCCGGACUGGACUCACACAGACAGGUAUCAGAACCAGAAUCAGAACCAGGCACUGAUUCCAGAGUAGAUGGUAGAUAAUAUUUGUUCUCCUUUUUCCCAUCUUUGAUCAAAUUUAAAGGAUUCCUGAUUCUUGAUCAGUCCGGGGCCGUCUCUCUUGGUUUGGGUCGUCCUCAGACCUCUGCAGGAGGAGACGGGCCCGUCAGAAUAAUUCUGAAAAAUUAAUCAAACAAACGCAGCUGUCAAUCAUCGGUUUAGAUAUCGAUUUAGCUGAUUGAAAUAUUGGUUAAUCCUUCGCUGAGGCAGCGUUGGCGUGCAGGAGGCUGAACGUGAGGCUGAACCAGGCGCUCGUUACCUCACAUGACCACGGAUCAUCGGUUUGGCUCUGGUUCUGGUCUCUGUCUGUGCGCCCUGAAAGAAGCUGCCGUAUGUGAUCCAGGUCCUGGUUCCACACAGUUUUAUGAACCGGACCCCCGUUUGUGUGUUCAGCUCACAGAGUUGCGAGGAGUCCCCCGGGGUCAGUACGACGGCCCGGUGUGUGAUGUGGCGGUGACCCCGAAGGUGAUCUCCACGGUCUCCUCGGUGAAGACCUCUCCCGCCAAACAGCAGCAGCAGCAGCAGCAGAUGACCCACCAGCCGGUCCGAAACCUCCACCAGUCCGGCUUCAGUCUGUCCGGUGAGUGAGACCACAUCCUGAAUCUCCCCGCCCCCCCUUAACUCCAAAUUUAACUUCCUGUUCUCUCUGGAUUUCUCAGGAGCCCAAAUCGAUGACAACGUUCCUCGCCGCACCACUCAGCGCAUCGUGGCGCCCCCUGGUGGAAAGGCCAACAUCACCAGCCUGGGUUAGACUCUCCUCUGCUAAGUGAUCCGGGGGAUGCAGAACCACACGGGACCAGAGUCCACUUUUCCUGCUGUCACAUCACAUCUGGUCACCUCUGCCUCCCCCCCUCACCCUCACCCACCCUCCUUCGUUCUCUCACCCCUUCACCACCUCAUGUAAAAAAAAAAACAAACUCAUUUCUCCAUCAUGGUGUCUCAUCUCUCCUGCCGAGGUCCAGGGUUGAAGGAGGAUCCUGUGAAUUGAAGCUUUUGUGUUUUUUUUGAAGCUGGUUUGAUGAUCGAUGACGUGAAUCUGUUUACAUGUUUUUGUACUUUUGUUGUCGCUGCUGCACAUCUUUGAGCUCUUAGUGGAGAGAAAAACCUCUUCUUCUUUUUUUUAUUUCUGAAACGUUUUUUCAUUUUCUUGAUCUAAGUUUGAAUGUGCAGGUGGUCGUAUCACAGCGCCACCCUCAGUAAUCCAUGUACACUCAAAGAUUGUUGUUUUUAAUAUGUGCUCUAAACGCUCGUCAUGAAAUAAUAUCAGACUCUUGGUUUUUAUCGGCAUAUUUGACCUGAAUUUUGCAGUAUUUUUGUGUAGGUAGUUUGUGCAGCUGAAAUAUUCACCAGGUCUUCCUUUGUGAACAUUUUUUAAACUGUUUUAUGUUGUAACAGGAUAAAAAGAGCAGACUGUACUGAAAGGGGGGAAAAAAGGUGUUUCUCAUUUUUUCCGCUGACAUCCAUCAUUCUGUCCAUGAAACACACGAAUCUUUCCCUUCAUUUCAUCCUUUUGUUUUUCCCUCCUGUCAUUUAAGAGGUUGUCAUGGAAACCAUCCUCCUGUCAUCCAUGCGGUGUAUAUUGUUCAGAAAACAGAUGAAGAAAAGCUGGAUGGGAGAUUUGCAGACAGCCUCUCUGCAGCUGGUGCUAUCGGAGCGUCUCUGAGUUCGCAGAGCCUCAUCUCUCCACAUCUAAGUUUGUUCGAUCCAAAUGUUCAAAUGUACGUAAGCUUGCCUCUUUUCCUUGGUGAUGGAUAUAUCUGUAUGUUUUUGCCUGCCUGUUCUGUAAGAUAAUGAUAGCACACUGUAUCUAUGAAGGCUCUGAACGAAGUGAUCCAGAAUCUUCGAGACCUGAUGAAAAACCUGUGGGGAUGUACACGAACCCGUCACAGCGUGCUGACGAAGACGACGACGAUGAUGAUGAUGUGUCUACUGUACUCGGUGUUAGUGUUGUGAAUGAAUUACCAGAUAUCCACUUCUUCUUCUUCUUCUAAUCUUUUGACCCUCCUCCACCUCUGAGCCUUUACCUGCCCUGAUACACCUGAGGUACUAAGUGUUUCCGUUCGACAGUAAGACACGGGCUUCUUUCUUCCUCAUUAACUCGUCACGUGUAGGUUUUGUAUGCCGAGCUAUAAUGUGAAGUGAUUUCCGUCGGGGGCGUUUCCUGGUGAUGGUUGUUGAGUUGUGAUGUUGAGCACUGUUGUUGCCCCUCUCCCAGCAGGUGUGAUACUCUCUCACUCAUCUCUGGUUUGUAGGAUAUCAGGGUUUAGGGGGAAAUCAUCAGUCCUGUCAGCAUUUGACCCUUUCUGUGUUGACUUCAGUGGAUUAAAAGAAUUCAAAUUAAA